AUGCCGGGUAUUGUAUCCAAGUCCCAUAGAGCAGCCGGGGACAAAAACGUCGUCACUCAUGUGUUCCGCAGAGUAAGGAUUUCAUUGGCACGAGAACCAUCUAACCUCUCCAACGAGGAGGUCAUGCAUCAUCCCGAAAUGUAUAGACUAAUGACAUUCCUUGAAAGUAUGCCGGUAGAAGAGCGAAUUCUUGAAUUUUCUGCACCAACUCCUGAAGAAGAACAAGAAUACUUAGCAGAAAAAAGAAUUCGUGAAACCGAAGAAGCUCGUAGAGUCCGCGAAACCGAAGAAGAUCGCAAGAAUUACUUGAACCGGUUCUUCCGUUAA